GGUUUUAGGUCCGCCCCCUCGCCUGUUCUCAAGUAGGUCCUGUGGAGAGAGAAUAAAUAGGCGGGCAUUGCGCGGGGCUUCUUUAUUGAGCAGCUUGACUUUGUGAGAGCAGCACCAUGUCUGGAAGAGGAAAGGGUGGCAAGGGACUCGGCAAAGGAGGCGCUAAGCGCCACCGUAAGGUUCUGCGCGAUAACAUCCAGGGUAUCACUAAGCCGGCUAUCCGCCGUCUGGCUCGCCGUGGUGGUGUUAAACGUAUAUCCGGUCUGAUCUACGAGGAGACUCGUGGUGUACUGAAGGUGUUCUUGGAGAACGUCAUCCGCGAUGCAGUCACAUACACCGAGCAUGCCAAGAGAAAGACCGUCACCGCUAUGGAUGUGGUGUAUGCCCUGAAACGCCAGGGACGCACUCUUUACGGCUUCGGCGGUUAAACGCUUACCUACCAAAUAACGUUAACACAACGGCUCUUUUAAGAGCCACC